AUGGCAGACAAACCAACCGACAAGCCUGGGGAAUCCUCGCAACGAUCUCCAGAGGAUGGAGCGCCCAAGAGUCCUUCUCCAAAGAAUGGAGGUCAAGAUCCUCCACAAAAUGGUGGGGACAAAACUCCUUUCGGACUGGAGGAGGGUGUGAGGACUUUCGGCUUCAUUGAGACACCUAAGGGCAUUGACCGGGCCCAUCUAGGAUUCGGCAGUGGCCCAAAUGCCUUCCAGAUGACUGGUGCGAACCAGUAUUUCGCGCAACCGGAGCGCGGCGGCCCGGAGACACUCGCGGACCUCUGGACGGGCAACCCUUCCCUGUGGGCCUACGGGGCGUAUUAUGCGGCGGAUUCGGCGUCCCCGCCGGGCGAAGGCGCCCCUGGUGAUGGAAACGCCAAGUGGAAGCAGGUGGAUGAGUUGGGCAAUGUCGCGGCCGCGACGUUGGUGCUGACGGGGCGCGAGGACCGAGUGACGGGACCCGAGGUGAGUGUGCGGAUUGCGGCCGGGGUGCGGCGGUCGCGCUUGGUGGUCGCCGAGGAGUGUGGGCAUAUGAGUUGGGUGGAGAGGCCGGGUGAGGUCUGGGGGGUGGUGGAUGAGUUUUUGGCCCAGAAGGUGUAG